AUAAUCAACUUCAUAGUGAUAUGGUAGAUGAGGACAGGAUGAAUCAAUUGGUUGAAGAUAUCCAAAGAUUGGUAUGAGUUUUGAUACUGAAGAUGAUGUCUAUGAAUUUUAUCUAAAGUAUUCAAAACGUGUGGGCUUUGGUAUAAGAAGAAGCAAAAGUCACAAGAACAAAUUUGGAGAAUUAGUUGACAGAAUAUUUUGUUGUAGUGCUCAAGGAAAAAGAUCACAUGAUAAACGUGAUAUUUAUGUGAAAAAUGCUCGUCCAGAAACAAGAUUUGACUGUCAAGCUAAACUGAAGGUUAGCAGCCGGGAAACUGGAAAGCUUUGUGUGGUUCAAUUUGUUGAGGAGCAUAAUCAUUAUCUUUCAAGUCCAAACAAAAUACACUUACACAAAAGUCAUAGAAAAAUAGCUCCAGUUGCAGCCUUGCAAAUUCAAAUGGCAAAUGAUGUGGGUAUCACGCCUAAAGCAUCUCAUGAUCUCAUGGCGAGACAAGUAGGAGGGAGAGAGAAUUUGGGAUUCAUUCCUGACGAUUAUAAAAAUUAUUUGCGAUCCAAAAGAACAAGAGAUUCGAGAAUAGGGGAUACAGGUGGAGUAUUAGAAUACAUGCAGAAGAUGCAAUUUGAUGAUCCGAAUUUUUUUUAUGCCAUUCAAGUUGAUGAAGAUGACUUGAUAACGAAUAUUUUUUGGUCUGAUGCAAGGAUGAGAACAGAUUACUCAUAUUUUGUGGACGUGGUUUGCUUUGAUACAACUUACAGGAAAAAUAAUGAAGGUCGCCCUAUUGCCUUGUUUGUAGGCGUGAAUCAUCAAAAACUGACUGUGAUUUUCGGUGCUGCAUUGUUAUAUGAUGAAACAUCUGUGACAUUUGAGUGGUUAUUUGAUACAUUUACUAGAGCUAUGGGUGAGAAGAAGCCGAUUACUAUUCUUACAGAUCAAGAUGCAGCAAUGGCUAAAGCAUUAUCUUCUAUAUGGCCUGAAACUCAUCAUCGUUUAUGUCUUUGGCAUAUUUUCCAAAAUGCUGCAAUUCACUUGAGUGGUAUCUUUUCGCAGUUUAAAGAUUUUUCUAAGGACUUCGGUGCAUGUGAAUAUGAUUAUGAAGAAGAGGAUGAGUUCAUUGCAGCAUGGAACAAUAUGUUGAAUAAGUAUGGACUUGAAAAUAAUGAUUGGUUGCGGCGAAUGUUUAAACUAAAAGAAAAAUGGGCUUUAGUCUACGGACGACAAAUGUUUUGUGCUGAUAUGACUACCACCCAAAGAAGUGAGAGUGUGAAUAGUAUUGUGAAAAGGUAUGUCAACUACAAGCACAAGUUCUUAGAAUUUUUUAAUCACUUCCAAAGACUUCUUGAAGAUCGUCGAUAUGAGGAAUUGAAAGUUGAUUUCAAAGCAAAUACAAGCAUUCCAUCUAUGGUGUAUCCAGUUGAGAUUUUGAAGCACGCAGCUGGCAUUUAUACCCCUGAAGUAUACAAAAAGUUUGAGCAGGAGUGGUAUAAAUCCCAUGAUUCUAGUUUGGAAUGCUUUGAUGACAAUGGGUUACUGGUGAAAUAUAAAAUUACCCCUCACAAUAAGAUUCAUCACCAUAUUGUUACAUUUGAUUCCUCAAGUGAAAAAACUAAAUGUAGUUGCAGAAAGUUUGAAUUUGCUGGGAUUAUGUGUUCUCAUAUUUUGAAGGUAUUCACCAUGAAAAAUGUUAUGAAGAUCUCAAGUGAAUACAUCAUGAAAAGAUGGACACGACAAGCGAAAGUUGGAUUUAUUGGAGAUUCAAAUCUCAAUAACUUCAACUCGGAUCCAAAAAUACUUCAAAAUCUACGAUAUAAAGAAUUAUGUGGGUUGUAUGUUCAGUUGGUUACAAAAGCUUCUGAGGAUGAAGAUACUUACAGAAUUGUAAAAGAUGGAAUUUUGAAGAUGUUUGAUAUGGUGGAUGGUAGAUUGCAAGGUCAAGAGUUAGAUCAACAUGGAGAUCGAAUAGGUUUGUUGCUAAAUGAGGCUCAAAUGCAAACUAAUGAAAGAAACACUUGCGGAGCCAAAGGUAUAAAGUCUAAAACCAAGACAACUUCAGGGAAAAGACUUAGAGGUCGCUUAAAAAACGGUUUAAGAAAAAAGAAAGUGGGGCAAAAAAGAGUCCAGCCUUUAUCCUCUAAUAACUUGCAGGAAUUUUCUGCAAGUUCAAGUCAUCAAAAGUUUGGUGGAUUCCCAUUAUCAAUGAGCAUGACUAGCUUAUUAUUGGCACAACAAUCACUCAGCUUUGGCCCUUUGCAAACAAAUGACUCGCAACAAAGCAUUGGUGUAAAUAAAUGAGCUCAUGAAGUUACUUGAAAUCGUUAGUAUGAGAGAAGUCGAUUAAGAACUCUAAAAUCAGUUGCAUGAACGAGAGUAUAUACAGUUUAUGUACUCCUGCUGCAUCAAGUAUUUGACCAUGGCUGCAAAAGCAUUUUUUCUUGUUCUGCAAAUACUUGUAUUCUUUUACCAUUAGUUUAUUGUUUUACUAUUAUUUUUGAAAUUUAUAAUUUGUUUAUCAUAAUGAUGAGAAUUUUUUAUAUAAAGUUGAGUUGAGAUAUUUAA